AUUUCAUAGUGUGAUGCGGCGCUCGGGAUGAAAGAGUUCUUCAAUAUGCUAUACUUACCGCCCACUAAAGUAAUGCUCUUUGGAGACGCCUGUCCUGCCGUUACUGAUCCUAUAGCAAAAGCAUCAAGGUUCUUUAAUCUCAUCCAGUUAACAUAUGCGGACACAUUCACAGCACUGACGCCAAACUUUUUUCGGAUCGUUCCGAGCGAAGCGGCCUUUAAUCCAGCUCGAGUCGCAGUCCUUAAAAACUUCAACUGGACUAGAGUUGGGACAAUCUAUCAAAACUCUCCCCGAUAUAGUCUCCCCCACAGCAAGUUGUUGGCAGACUUGGACAGAGCCAACAUCGAUAUCGUCGCCUCCCAGAGCAUCGCUGAUGAGCUGAAGCCGGAGAUGUACCUGCACAAGUUUAAGGCAUCAAAUCCACCAUUCAAUCUAUAUGCUAAUGCUUUACAAUGUAUUAAUGCAUAUAAAGAGGGUCUCUAUGGAAGAAGGUAUCAAUGGAACGGGAUGAAAGAGUUCUUCAAUAUGCUAUACUUACCGCCCACUAAAGUAAUGCUCUUUGGAGACGCCUGUCCUGCCGUUACUGAUCCUAUAGCAAAAGCAUCAAGGUUCUUUAAUCUCAUCCAG